CCCCCUCCCCUUCAAUGUUCGAUCCUUGCAUUUACUGUUUAUCUCUCCUCCUUUUCUCGUGUUCUUCUGAACUUUUCAUUCCUUGUCUUCGCCGUCUUGUGGUGGAGCUUUAAUUUAUAGAUUACUUCCAGCACAACUUGCUCUGGGAAAUUGGUUGAUUUGCUUUGCCUUCAAUUAAUUGUUUUGUAUGACUUGGACCUAGUCGGAUUUAUUGUUGAAGCCAUCCCUUUGAAUAGUUUAUAGUAGAAUGGGGGCUAAAAGCUCAGCCGAAGGGAGAAGCCGGGAAACAAGGACUUCCACUCCUUACCGUGGAACAGAACACGCUGAGCCGCCCUACUCAGCACAUGAAUGGGAUCCCCAUAGCAGUCAUCAUCCCUAUCGCAGUCAUCACCGCCACAGCCAUUUUCAUUCUCUGCAUGAGUUCCAUCCCGUGGCAUUCCCUUCCGAGUCGUCCCACUUCCGGUCGUUUCCACCAGCAGGCUACCCAUCGGUGCCUCCAAAUAACACAGUCCGCAAUCAGAGGAGGAGGAGCAAUUCUCCAACCGGUGGAAAGAGGCCCAAGUUGGAACACAGGUACUCAAGGAUAGCCGAUGGCUUCACUUCCUUGAACCAGGUAACUGAGGAGCUGGCAAAAUCUGGGCUCGAGUCAUCAAACCUCAUUGUAGGAAUUGACUUCACGAAAAGCAAUGAGUGGACAGGUAAGAAUUCAUUCCAUGGCUGCAGCUUGCACCACAUAGGAACUACUAAAAAUCCUUAUGAACAAGCAAUCUCCAUUAUUGGACUGACCUUGUCAAAAUUCGACGAAGAUAACUUAAUCCCAUGCUUUGGUUUCGGAGAUGCAUCUACCCAUGACCAAGAUGUAUUUAGCUUCUACCCAGGGAAUAGACCAUGUCAGGGUUUUGAGGAAGCUUUAGAUCGGUAUCGAGAAAUUGCUCCAUUUGUGCGAUUAGCUGGACCAACAUCUUUUGCACCAAUUAUUGAAAUGGCCAUGACCAUUGUGGAGCAGAGUGUAGGGCAAUACCAUGUUCUAUUAAUAAUUGCUGAUGGGCAGGUAACAAGAAGUGUAGAUACUGAAACUGGUCGAUUAAGCCCCCAAGAACAGAAGACAGUUGAUGCUAUGGUCAAAGCUAGCAAAUAUCCCUUAUCCAUUAUUUUAGUUGGAGUUGGAGACGGACCAUGGGACAUGAUGCAUGAAUUUGAUGACAACAUACCUUCUAGAUCUUUCGAUAAUUUCCAGUUUGUGAAUUUCACAGAAAUUAUGUCCAAGGAUGCACCAGAAAGUCGUAAAGAGAUGGAGUUUGCUCUUGCAGCACUUAUGGAAAUACCUUUGCAGUACAGAGCAACAUUGGAUCUUGGGAUUUUAGGUCAGCAUGCCAAUACAUCACCAAGAAGAGUGGCCCUUCCUCCUCCUGCUGCUGUUCCCAAUUCAGCACCAAUUGGCUCACAAUCUUUUCAUUCCUCACCUGAUUCUAUGCAAAGCUUCUCAUCUUCUUCUGAUAGUACAACUCCAGCUCUAACAGUGUCAGUUGCAAGUACCUCUUCAGACACGGUUUGCCCAGUUUGUCUUUCCAACCUCAAAAACAUGGCAUUUGGCUGUGGGCAUCAGAUAUGUCGUGAAUGUGGGCCACUUCUCAGCUCCUGCCCCAUUUGCCGUAGAGCAGUUGAGACAAGAAUAAAUCUGUAUUGAUGCACAUAUUUCCUGGACAAAAGGUGGCCUUUAAGCUUUGGAAUUCCAAUCUCAGACACGAGAAAGCUUUGUCAAUGUAAAGUUGUGAGCGACAAUAUCAUGUAGGAGGAAUUAAAGUUGUGAAUGGCAAUAUUAAGUAAGCUGUAUGUUCUAAUAGUUCUUAGUUUGUAGUCCCCCGCAGUUUAUUGAGCCACCUCCAAAGAUGUAUGUAUCAAUUUCAUCUUUUAGCUUCUCUGUAAUCUCUUGCGUUGUCUCUUUUCUCCAAGUCGAAGUUGUAUAUUCGAUACCAACUGUUGGUGUACAGGAAACAUAUCAGAAAAUAAAUUUGGAAAAUGUAUAUAUAUUCCUUAAUGUGUUAUGAAGUA